GUAGGGCGAGAGAGGGAGGAAGGGGGCAGGAAGGGAGGUUAAGGGAGGAAGGCUCUGUAGGAAGAGAAAAGAUCUAGUUGGAGUCUUUGACCCCUUUUCUUUCCUCAACCCUCGGCUUCGACAAUGGCGUGUUCACACCAUUCCAUAUGCCCCUUCCCACCGGGACUCCUCCCUCUCCACCGUUAAAAUCCCCUCCCCUCCCCUGCCCCCCGAGCUCUCCCUCCCCCCUCUCUCUCUCGCUCUCUUCUCUCUCUCUCUCUCUCUCUCUCUCUCUCUCUCUCUCUUUGUAGUCAGCGGUACAACUCCUCCUCCUCCUCCUCCUCAUCCUGCUUCGAUCGAAAGGGAUUUCGUUUCAUCUUUGUCCCUCCGCGAUUCGAUCUUUGCAAAAUUAAUUAAUUAAUUAAUUAUAAAAUAACAAAAAAAUUACGCCACACACACGCAUACGCGCAUACGCAUACGCCGAUUUAGGGAGAUCGACCUAGAAGAAGAAGGCGAAGAAGAAGAAGAAGAUGGGGAACUGCUGUGCGACGCCGGGGGACGAGGCGAGGAGGAAGAAGGCGGGGGCGGGGGCGGGGGCGAAGAAGGGGAGGAAGGGGAAGAAGCCGAACCCGUUCUCGAUCGAGUACAACAAGGGGCCGGCGGCGUCGGGGGCGGGGGUGCCGAGGCUGACGGUGCUGAGGGAGCCGACGGGCCGCGACAUCGGCAGCCGGUACGAGCUGGGACAGGAGCUGGGCCGCGGCGAGUUCGGCAUCACCUACCUCUGCACGGAGCGCGCCACCGGCGACGCCUUCGCCUGCAAGUCCAUCUCCAAGAAGAAGCUCCGCACCGCCGUCGACAUCGAGGACGUCCGCCGCGAGGUCGACAUCAUGCGCCACCUCCCCGGCCACCCCAACAUCGUCACCCUCCGCGACACCUACGAGGACGACAGCGCCGUCCACCUCGUCAUGGAGCUCUGCGAGGGCGGCGAGCUCUUCGACCGCAUCGUCGCCCGCGGCCACUACACCGAGCGGGCCGCCGCCGUCGUCACGCGCACCAUCGUCGAGGUCGUGCAGUUUAUACAAGUGCACAAAUAUUUUCUUCAACUGCUGAUCUGUUGCUGGCAGAUGAUGUGUCACAAGCACGGGGUGAUGCAUAGGGACUUGAAACCGGAGAAUUUCUUGUUUGCCAACAAGAAGGAAACUGCCCCCCUGAAGGCGAUUGACUUCGGAUUGUCUGUAUUUUUCAGGCCUGGUGAAAGGUUUACUGAAAUUGUGGGAAGUCCUUAUUACAUGGCUCCGGAAGUUCUAAAGCGAAAUUAUGGCCCAGAAGUUGAUGUUUGGAGUGCAGGAGUAAUCCUCUACAUUCUUCUUUGUGGAGUCCCUCCAUUUUGGGCAGAAACUGAACAGGGAGUGGCGCAAGCAAUCAUCCGUUCUGCCAUAGACUUUAGAAGAGACCCAUGGCCUAGAGUUUCAGACAAUGCUAAAGACCUUGUCAAGAGGAUGCUUGAUCCGGAUCCAAAGCGGAGAUUAACAGCUCAAGAAGUUCUAGAUCAUCCUUGGUUGCAGAAUGCCAAAAAGGCUCCAAAUGUCUCUCUUGGUGAAACUGUUAAAGCAAGACUCCAACAAUUCUCUGUCAUGAACAAAUUCAAAAAGAGAGCACUUAGGGUUGUCGCUGAGCAUUUAUCAGUGGAAGAAGUAGCUGAUAUAAAGGAUAUGUUUCAUAAGAUGGAUGUAAACAGCUGUGGUCAAAUAACAUUUGAAGAGUUGAAGUUUGGUUUGCAUAAGCUUGGGCACCAGAUUGCUGAUGCAGAUUGUAGAAUAUUAAUGGAUGCUGCGGACGUUGAUGGAGAUGGAACUCUAGACUAUGGAGAGUUUGUUGCUGUGUCAAUCCACCUCAAGAAGCUUGGGAAUGACGAGCAUCUUCACAAAGCCUUUGCAUACUUUGAUAAGAAUAAGAGUGGAUACAUUGAAAUUGAGGAGCUUAGAGACAACUUGGCUGACGACUUGGGUCCAAAUCAUGAAGAAGUUAUCAACGCAAUCAUUCGCGAUGUCGACACAGACAAGGAUGGGAAAAUUAGCUAUGAGGAGUUUGCCACGAUGAUGAAGGCAGGAACUGAUUGGAGGAAGGCUUCAAGGCAGUAUUCACGGGAGCGGUUCAAUAGCCUCAGCUUAAAGCUGCAGAAAGAUGGAUCUCUGCAGCUAGCAACUGAAGGUAGAUGAAAAGGAGGGCCACGCUACCAUUAAAAUUUGUGUAUUCUGACCAGAAACUUCCCCUUUUGUAUCCCUCCCUUAACAAUUUUUGUUGGUUUGUCUUCUGUUCAUUUGGGGCUUCAAUUAUUUUCUGCUUCCCCUGUGCUCUAAGUUGUAGAAUGUCAUGGUUGAAAGCUCAUCUCUCGUGUUUCUCUAUCAUUUGUGGCUACUGUUGUAUGUAUAAUAUUUCAGCAGAAGAUGUAUGGGAACGAAAGUGGUAGAAAUGAGAACAAGAAAUCAGAUUAGUGGAUCUAAUGUUCGUAGAUAUGACGAAGUAUCAAGCUCUUGUGGAUUCUUCGUUCUUGCGAUUGUAGCCACUCUGAAGAACGUUGUUUGGCUUAUGAAAGAUUAUUAUCCCUCAUCCUGUGAAA